AUGAACCCGUUUCGAACCACAGUAUCCCGUCUUUGGGGAUCUUCCCUGGCGAUGUGUCGAACAAUGCAAAGCAUGGCCGCUGCAACGCUAGUUACGGAAUUUCCCCAGUUCGGUCCCAUGGGCCGAAAGAUGCGCGAUGAAGCUGUUGAAAUCAUCACGCGCGAAGCGGUAAUAGAUGACAAGUCUUUGCUGGCGCUGCUAAUGCUCGGACAGACCGCUAGUUGGCACGACCCAAAGGACUUGGGUAUAUCGUUUUUCAACCUUCUCCGGAAGCAGCUCAAUGGCCUCGCUUCAUCAUCGCACAACCCUCAGAAAGUUAGCAAUAACUACCGGUUCUUCGAAGAAGCUCUCAUCUACUGGGAGAUGUUGCUUUCCUUUGUCGCAGAUAAUGACGCCAUCGUCCUAUCUGACAAUUCACGAACCGCUUCAUCCAUGGGCGAGUCCUUCGUUCUACAACGAGUCCCACACCCGUGGACCGGCAUCGCGCGCGACACCCAGUUCACCGUGCACGAAGUCGGGAAACUCAUCCGCGGUGAGCGAAAACGCAUCUACUCAAGGCGAUUCACCUCCCAAGAUGAUAUCACCCGUGCAAAGUUGGCAAUCGAGAAAGCUCGCGAACUCGAAGAACGCCUCCUAGGUCUUGCCCAUCCCUCCGAGGCUGAGAUCGUCAGUCCUGGUGACGACGACACCCCAGUGUGGCACCUCCUCACUAUGGCCGAAGCAUAUCGAUGUGUCGGCCUCCUGCAGCUCUACCGCAUCUUUCCGGACCUACUGCACAACCGCCUGCCCACUUCAACAUCCACAUCACCCCAGCACCCCAGCAACACCGAACCAGCAUCCCAGGACCUUUUCUUCCCAAUCGACCUCGACAGCAUGAAUCUGUCAGCUGGAUUCGGCGGCACCAGCCCAGGAACAGGACAAACCACCAAUGCUCGAUACAAUCCUCCUUCUCCAUCUACCAAGUCCGCUCCUCACAAUCUCUACCACCUUUCCCCUCACCAUCCACCAUCCCCACCAUCACAAGACACUCAAAAACUACCCACCCCAGAAACCAUAUACAAUAGCUGGCUCACCGAGUUCGCCGUGACAACCCUCUCCCGGCUAAAAACCAUCCCCCAGGAAUCACGCACCCGCUGUCUCCAGCCAUUCCUCCUGGUAGCAUCCUGCUCAGAGCUCCGCCUCCCGCGUCUGGCCACAAAAGCAGGCACACAACCCCGGAAUGGUGAAGAUGAUUCAAAGGCUGAUACCGAUAGUAAUAACCCGAACCAAACACCUACCAUCUCAAUGGAGGCCAUAGAAGUCUCUCGCACGCGCAAGUUCAUCCUCGGCCGUCUAACGUCCUUUUUGCACGUUCUGCCGCCGAAACCGAUUCAUGUAUGUUUAAAGUUAGUCAACGAGGUCUGGAAGAGAUUGGAUGCUGGGGAUAUGGAUACUUAUUGGGUUGAUGUUAUGAUUGAGAAAGGGUGGGAGACAACCAUGGGGUGA